AUGCAAGAAAAAACAUAUUUGAGAGGGCGGAUCAAAAAGCUACUUAGCAGGAGUCUUUCGGAUGGAGAGAAAUCAAACGAGUUGGUGGUUUUGUUUGUUACCGAGAUAUUGGCUUGCACCAUCUUGGACAAUAUUUUCAAUUUAUUAACUGACCCUGAUUUCUUGAAUUUGCAAUUGAUCAGGGUUAUCGGGGACAACUUGAAACGACGAAAUCAGGUGAAAGAGUUACGCUCUGCUUUGGAAGAACACACUUUGUCAUCAGUGUCAAAUGAAAAAGACAUGCCACUCAGUGCCACGGGCGACAUCGCAAACAUUAUUCAGGAAAGUUUUUUGGAAGACGACACCAAUGAUAAAACUGUCAUUCAAUUGGACCAUGAGUCGGUUGAAUGCUCCAAGGCAGAUAGGCUUGUUGCUUUGUUGAAAUCUUCGACUCAACUGAAGCCGUUCCAGCAGUACUUGGAAAGCAAACACAAGUUAUACUUGUUGAAAUUUUGGGAAAAAAUUGAAGAGUCUAAGCCCCCAUUGUUGGAUAGCUUUCAAGAUUGGGGUGCGUUAAGCCUCACCAAAAAAGAUUGCCUUGAAAUCAAGGAGAGUUAUUUUGACAAUGGCCUCAUUGAUAUUGGUGGUGCAAAUUUGGAUAAAUUUAAAGCUUUGACCGCAAAUGGGUCGGUAGGAGACACGCUUGACCUUCCAGACUGCAAGGGAAUUUUGAUAAAGCUACAGGGGAGAAUUUUUCAAGAGUUGUUUGCCGAAUAUUUUUACAAUUUUUUGUCAGCAGGAGUUGCCAAGAAUCACGUGGAGAAGGUGGAUGAAGGGGAAGCAGUUGUUGAUCAGAUCGAAGACAAGCUUGCAACUAUAAUGAGCGACCCCAAAUAUGAUGUUUUGGAAAGUUUCUCCGUCGGAUCUCAAAAUGAAAAGUUUGGUUCAGAGCUUUAUGAAAAAUUGUCUCCUCUGAAUCGAACUGAUCGAUAUUCUAAAUUAUUCGAAGAUGAUGAAGAAUACUCUGAGGAUGAGGAUGACUCCGACGAGCUAGAUACAGACAGUGAUUCAGUAAUCAUGAAGGAAAGUUGUGAAAGCAUGGAAUUGGCAGGUCCUGGUAAUUUGAAUUUAGCAGAAGAAAAGAUUCCUGCACUUGAAAAGGAAAUUGAAAACUUAAACCAGCAAUUGAUUUAUUUGGAACCGUUAUUGCGUAAAGCGCAAUUGACCAAUGACCAAUCGAAGUUAAAAUUGCUACUUAAAUCCAAAAACGGAGUUCAAAAAGAUAUUGCAUUAAAAGAAUUGCAAAAGCAGCAAUACAUUGUUCAAGAAAGUGAUAAUAGCUUGUUUGGAAAAUCCAAAGUUAGCAUUCUGUCGAUAGUGCACCAGAAUGAUAAGACAAGGGAGUUUGUAUUGUACAUUAUCGAAGUACAAAAGUUCUCAACUGAGGAUCCCAAUGUCGUGAAAGCAGGGUGGGUAGUUGCGAGAAGAUACAGCCAGUUUCAUAGAUUACAUGGGUAUUUGAAGCGUCGUUAUCCCAAGGUUUCAUCCUUGUCGUUCCCACAAAAGUCAAUUCUGGUGUUGAAGUUUCAACAAAAGAACAUUACAGAAAGUAGAAGACACCAGCUUGAAGCAUACUUGAAAGCUCUCAUUGAGAUUCCCGAAGUUUGUUCAGACAUGGCAUUUCGUUCUUUUUUAUCUUCGGAGAACUUUCAUUUGGGGAAGCAUCAACGGUUUGAUGAACCGAGGAAGUUAUCGGCAUUGUUUGGCUACCGAUGGUACUUGAGUUCAUCAAGUAACAGAAAUACAACUAGUGGCCAGUACUCGACAACCCCUCCAACCACUGAUGGUAGUGAAUUUUACAAAAAUAGGCGAGAAAUGGAAGUGGAGUUGCGUCAAUUUGACGAAAAACCAACAAGCAAACCCCUUUUCAUCAAACCUAUUUGUGACCUAGUCAUUACAGUAUUCAAUCUUCAUUGGCUUAAGGGUAGGGCUCUCGUUGUAAUUCUUCAACAAUUUUUCGGCACCGCUGUUGAAAAUAAAGUUUAUGAUGUGAUUCGUUCCAACUUGAAUGAAUCCAACAUUUCAAGUUGGUUGACAACAUUACGCGAGCUGUUAUUUCCCAAUGGCAAAUUCAAGUUGGAACCGGCGGUGAGAAGUAAACAGCAACAACUACAAACUCGUCAAGAAGCCAAACAAUUGUUCGACACGUUUAUGACGGAAACUUGUUCCAAAAUCGUUGGUAGUGAAAACACUGCCAAUGCUGCAACAACAAUAUUUCUGAUGUUACAAGUGAGCCAGUUGAACAAGGAUCUUUUGUUUCAUUGUUUUGAUGUAAUUUUAGAUGAGUUGACAAAACACAAAUAG